AUCGUCAUAUUUUUGCCGGCCUUAUGUAAGAAAAUGGGUGUUCCUUACUGUAUUGUGAAGGGAAAGGCACGACUUGGUCAAAUAGUUCGCCGCUACUGGGGUGGUGGAAAGCUGGGUCCAAAAUCAUUGGCGCGGAUCGCGAAGGUCGAGAAAGCUAAGGCUAAGGAAAAGAAGGCUGAUGUUUAG